UCGAUGUUUUUGUGCAUCCCUAACUUGCCUCCAUUUCAAUUCUGCAAAUUUGCUUGCGUUUAUUUUACACAGGUAAGAAUAUAGUGAAAAUGUAUACUAUUAGUGUUAUACAAGUUUGGUUUUGCUUACUGAAUUCUUCAUAUAUUAUUACUAACAAUGAGCCCAAGUAUUGUGUGGCAGUACUACGAUAAAAAAGAAAAAGGAAUUGCGAUCUGCGUAAAGUGCGGGAAAUGCUUUAAGUACCACAGCAGCACAACCACGUUAAAAAACCACGUAGAAAAAGUACACAAAAUUAAAAUGGAGAAAACUGACAUCAUUGAGCUUGUGGACAACGAUGAUGACAAUGAGCCGAAUCAAAAGAAGUCUAAAUCUGUUUACCCAAUACGAAAUUCCUUUGAAAGAGCAGUAUCAUUUUCUGAUAAGAGCACCAAAGGGAAGGAAAUUUCAAAUGCGUUAUUGUAUAUGAUAGUUGUGGACGACAUGCCACUUUGUACACCUGAAAAAAGGGGUUUUUUAAAGUUCUGCAAAACGUUGCAACCUAUGUAUAAAGUGCCUACUGAAAAAACAAUGACGUCAAAAAUUGAAACCAAAUAUAGUGCAAUCCGAUUAAAGGUCAAAAACGAACUCAGUCAGGCGAAAUCUGUAUGCCUGACAUCGGACAUAUGGACAAACUCUUCGACUAUGCAAAGUUAUGUUGGAUUAACUAUACACUUCGUUAAAGAAAACGAUAUGGUUUGUGUGGAGCUUGGAGCUUUUCCAGCUGAUUUUAAAAAAGACAUAGCAAACAGUGUUGCCGCGCCGUCCCAAGAAAAUGUAUCACCGACCAAGCCAAAAAUGUAUCCAAUUUUCUUUUUUUACGUAUCCAUCUCAUACUUUGUAAGAAAACCGAACAUUUUGAAGGAAAAGACAUAAUUUAACCCAUCCUAAGAACUUUGAAUACGUGUGUAUAUAUUUUUAUAUUUCAUAAAA